AUGACAACCAUUGAUGACAGUUUACCUGUAGAGUCAUAUGAAACCAAAGUGCCAGUUGACAUUGAUGUGUCUCUGAAGGCAUCUAGUGUUGAGUCUGAUUUGUCAUUUGACAAGGGUAAGGACGCCCUCAGUCGUGAACAGUUACUGUUGGAACAAAGUAAAGAUCCAGAUAUUGUCAGACUUACUAAAAGAGCUCUUCCAAUGGAAGAAACAGCAAAAGUCGGAGAGUGUUUUUACCUCAAAGACAACAUCCUUAUGCGAAAAUGGCGUCCACCUGAUGCAUCAGCUGACGAGGUGUGGUGUAUUAUUCACCAGGUAGUGGUUCCUGUAGUAUAUCACAAGGAUAUCAUGAGUUUAGCUCACGACACCCCUAUGGCAGGUAUCCCCAAGGCUAUUCAGUCAGACCAGGGCUCAAACUUUAUGUCAGGAUUGUUUCAGCAGGUCAUGCAUGAAUUAGGUAUUAGGCAGUACAAGUCUUCUGCUUACCACCCUGAGUCUCAAGGUGCACUGGAGCGAUUUCACCAGACCCUCAAAACCAUGAUAAAAACACAUUGUUACCAGAAUGAAAAGGACUGGGAUGAAGGGGUUCACCUUGUGUUGUUUGCUGCACGAGAAGCUGUGCAGGAGUCCCCGGGGUUCAGUCCCUUUGAAUUAGUGUUUGGUCAUACUGUCAGGGGACCAUUGAAAUUAUUGAAGGAGAAAUGGUUGACUGAGACUAGUGAUCUCAAUCUUUAA